UCGGCUACUAGAGUACCAGUCCAGUCAACCAGUUGUUCGCUGAGUUCUAGUCUGUCUGAAUAGUGAGUUUGAUUUUGUUGUCAUGAGUUGUUGAGUGCUACUAUUGAGUAAUUUUGUUUUCUAUUGAAAUGUGCGGAAGUUGACGUUUAUUCUAAGAACCCAUCGAUUGGCUGCAUAAUUUUUUCAGUUUUGUGAUCUUGUUAAAAAAUAUUAAAUUAUGACGGUGUCUUACUCAAGGCUAGUGGCAAAUGGUAGCAGUUUUGGAUGUUUUUGGAGCAUACUAUGCAAAUGGCGUGGAAGUGUAUACAAACUAAUAUGGCGGGAGAUGCUAGCUUAUUUAGCCAUGUACUUCGCAAUUAGCUUUAUAUAUAGAUAUGCACUCACCGACACACAACAAAGGACGUUCGAAGUAUGGCGAGUGUACUUCACAAAGACUAGUGAAAAUGUGCCAAUCACGUUCAUCCUGGGUUUCUACGUGACGCUGGUGGUGAAGCGUUGGUGGGAGCAGUACAGACUGUUACCCUGGCCUGACACGCUGGCUCUCUUUGUCAGCGCCGCCAUACCCGGAGUGGAUGAGCGGGGUCGGCUGAUGAGGCGAAACAUCGUGCGUUACGCCGUGUUGGCCUACGUCAUCACACUCAAACACGUCAGUGUCAGGGUGAAGAAGCGCUUCCCAACACUGCAGCAUGUUGUCGAUGCUGGCUUUAUGAUGGACAGUGAGAAGAAGAUAAUGGAGAUGAUGGACGAGCGCUCGCCGAUGGCCAAGUACUGGAUGCCGCUGGUCUGGGCGACCAACAUCAUCAACCGUGCCCGCAAGGAUGCUCUCAUCUCGUCCGACCACGUCGUGCAGACUCUGCUCAUGGAGUUGAGCGAGCACCGGAGGCGGCUCGGGUCCAUCAUCAGCUACGACACUGUCUGUGUGCCGCUCGUCUACACACAGGUUGUUACAUUGUCAGUUUACUCGUACUUUUUGGCAGCGCUAAUGGGAAGACAGUUUGUUGUGCAUCCUCAUCCGAAUGACGAGCCAGAUGUCUAUUUCCCAUUCUUCACAAUGCUUCAGUUUUGCUUCUACAUUGGAUGGUUGAAAGUAGCUGAAGUUUUGAUUGGUCCUUUUGGAGAAGAUGAUGACGAUAUUGAAUUGAAUUGGCUGAUCGAUAGGCACAUAAAGGCAGCAUACAUGAUAGUGGACGAGAUGCACGAGGAACACCCGGAGCUGCUGAAGGACCAGUACUGGGACGAGGUGGUGCCGAAGGACCUGCCCUACACGGUCGCCUCGGAGCACUACCGCCGCUACGAGCCCAAGGGCUCGGCCGAGUGCUACAAGGUCAAGGAGCAGGACGCCCUCUAUGCCAACCUCAUGCACUCGCGCAAGUCUGUCAACCAGGACGACGUAUAUGCUGAUUAUGAGAGCGUAGACACGCCGCUGGUGGAGAGGCGGAAGAACUGGUUCCAGCGUCAGAUCCAGCGCGUGGGCUCGAUUCGCUCGUCGUCCACCACAUACUCGUCAGGUCUGUUCGGCCGGCCUCGGCACAACUCGGUCUACUCGAGUCCGGACAACGGGGGCGCCGGGCUGCCGGGCCCUGGGGGCGGCGGGGGUGGCGCACUGCCCCCCAAUCACAACAACAACAACCCGGCCGCCGGUCAGCCGCCCAACCCCCACAAAAUGUCCAUCUACGACCGCCUCAUCGGACGCAAGUCCACCCGCCAACGCACAAGAUCGGGCAAAGCGAACGGCCAGUUGCCGGUAGGAAUGAAGAACCGACCACGCAUCCCAACUCCUGACGUCACCAAGGAGAGCUCCGACAAAGACAAAAUUACCAGCGUCGUCAACGCACCGCCCUCCUACCCCAUCAACUACUCGGCCGAACUGCCAGUUGUUCAGGUGGUGCUGUCACCAAUCCAAGAGCUGGAGGGACACCAGUCGACGGUGACGUCAAUCACAUCGACGAGCAGUGGCACCGCGGCGCUAGCUCAGGCAGUGCUCUCACCGACAUUGUCGUCGGCCGGUCUGACGGGUGUCGGUGUCGUGUCGUCGGCCGGUCUGACGGGUGUCGUGUCGGCGGCAGGCGGCGGCGUUACCACUCCAAUGACGGUAGCCGUCAGUCCCGUCACGCUGACGACCGUCUCGAUGAGUCAGCCGCUGCUGUCGUCGAUGGGAAUCGCGUCCGCCAUGCCGGCCUCGUCGUCUCCGUCCAUCGUGCUCACCGAGCUGCCCGCCGCAUCCGAGGACGGCAGCGUCACGGGCGCCGACGACCGAAGUCGCAAGACUAGUGUCGCCUCCAAACGCGGAGAAGUUUAUGUUUAACGACCGCCUGUUCUAGGUAAUUGAUUUGUGUAUUAUGAUCAUUAAGAUUAGUAACGUCUUUCAUGUUGAGGAUUGGCCUGUCCUAUCUGAAUUGAAUUGAGGAUGAUUGUUAUGAGUUAUGACUAGUGUUGACUUGUAUUUUGAGUAUAGCCUGUUCUAGGUAAUUGACUUUCAUGUUGAUAUAAUUGAUAUUGCUUGUCCUAUCUUUAAUUGAAUUGUAUAUUAUUGUUAUGAUUAGUAUUUGAGUAUUUUACUUUAACUUUGAGUACAUCCUGUUCUAGGUAAAUUGAACUGUGUGUUGUCUGAUUACUAUUUGACUUCUAUAUGCUGAAAAUCGUACGUUCUAGUUAGUUGAAUUGGUUAUUGUACGAUGUCUACUUUAUUAUGUAGUGUUGACUUGUGAAUUGAGGAUAGCCUGUACAGGGUAAAUUUCAAUGUGUAUUAUUUGAUUGUAAUUGUCAGUAUUUAUUUGAUGUUUGUAAUGUAGAUAAUGCUUAUCAUAUUGUUAGCCUGUUGUAAGAUUGUGAAGACUAGUUGUGAUUUUUGUUCUAAUUCUAAUCACAAAACCUUGGUGGCAUUUAUUGAAUGUUAUUGGAUUGAUUAUAGUGCGUUGAUGAUGAAAACGAGUAUCAAUCUCAUAUAAUAUCCAAUGCAGUGUUAGGCGACUUGAAUUGUAAUAUUGUUGAAUUUCUUCAGUGUAACUGACUUGAUAUCUGGUGUUUAUUUCAAGAUUUUAUCGUGGAUGACAUUUAUUGAAUGCCAUUGACUUGAUAAUCAGCUCAUUAUAAAGUCAAUGUUGAUCGCAUAAUAUGUAAUUUUAAGGACAGCUUGAUAAGGUCAAUUGAGAACUAUGUACAGAAUAAGUUUUAUGACUGGUAGACUAGUGUGAAUUUACACUACCUAUUUUAAUUAUGUUGUAAAAGCCGUAAAUGCCAUAUAAUUAUAAUUUAACCGUAUCCUGAUUGGACCGAUUUUUUUCGAACAAUAAAAGAAGAGAAAUCUCAGAGUAUCUCGAAGUAUGUUUAGGAUUUAUUAAUGAGGAAGAUAUAUGGGAUGAUUCUUAGUUUGAGUCAGUAAGCUAAGCAUAUUCUUAAUUGAAUAAUUGAUAGAAAGUUCAUAUUGAUACUUCAGGAUAUUUUAUCCAUUUGAAGUGAUCCAAAGAUCAGUAAAAUCGUUGUUGGGUGUGAUAGAGGUUGAAAGAGAUAACAUUUCUUUGAGCAUAGAUUCAAGUUUCCUGUACAGAAAAUAUGAGUGUUUGGCUAGUGGUAGUUUAGAGAUGGGUACUGGUAUGAUUCAAUUGAAUAAUAUUCCAUCGUUUACAGCAUUAUGAUGGCAGCUGGUAGGCCUACAUUCCAUUAAUUUCAAUGAUUUUAAUAAAUUAACACGGAGUGCUGAUUAUAUCUCAGGGACGAGACUCAUCUCCAAUAUGAAAAGAAAAUAAUCUCAUUCCAAAGAAUUGUUUCUAUGAAUAACUUUCAAAAAAUAAUGUCCAAUAAAUGGAAGACUAGGUGCGUGGAUUUCAAAGAAGUACAUAAUCAUGUAAUAUUAUUCACUGUAUUUUGAGAAUGAGAGUUAUGGAAAAUAGUAUUAUUCAUAUAAAACACUUGGAAAAUCAAGUUUAUGGUUUGAUUAAAAUGUGAAUUCAGUAUCGUUAGUGGUUAAAAUAUAAAUUAGUUCUUAAACAAAAUAUCCACGUUUGCAAAUUGAUUGAUUAUUAGGCUAUGUAUGAUGUGUUGAAUUAUUAUUUCCAAUUCUCCAAAAAUUGUGAAUUUCUCUAAACUUUCGUAGUACGAGGGCUAUUUUUUCAACUUCCGAUGUGGUAUAAAAAAGAAACGAGUGAGAGUAAUUGAAUGAAUUUAUUAUCAAAAGUUAUUUACAUUAUUAGUUACUUCUUAACAUAGUCACCAUUCAGAUUGAAGCAUUUUUCAUACCUGGGUACAAGCUUCUUAAUUCCUUGUUAUAACCGUCAGAAUAUCCUUAGAAUAUAGCCGUCAGUGAUUUGAGAUGGUUUUUCACAGCAUCUUGCAGUGCAUCGUCUGUUCGGAAGCUCUGCCCUCCUAGCAUUUUCUUCAGUUCCGGGAAAAGGUGAUAGUCGCUUGGUGCUAAGUCUGGGCUAUACGCCGGAUGGUCAAAAACGUCCCAUUUAAACCCGUUAAGAAGACGCUUCGUCACAGCAGCACUGUGAGGACGGGCGUUGUCAUGAAUGAGCACCACUCCCGAUGUGAGCAUUCCUCUCCUUUUGUUCUACACAGUUCCUCUCCAAUCACGCACUGCACUGUCACUCAUAAAGCUUUCACCAUAUACUCGUUUCAUUCUAUGGUGAAUUUCUGCUGUGGAUAACCCUCCAGCUUGCAAAAAACGAAUUACACUUCACAACUCACACUAGGCGGGAGAAUCUAUCAUAUUGACCAUGUUUAUGUGUCGCUAGAUGAACUGGUAAUGACGACAGAUGGCCGAAAACGAGUGAGGUUAUAGUGUGAGAUGUGACUAGUCAGCUGCCGCGCAUUGUUGGCCAAUGCCGCUCGCAUUGCCAUCUAGCGGCACGAUCGGGAGUUGAAAAAAAAUAGCCCUCGUAAUUCGGUAUGCAUCGAUGGCUCGUCACUAUAUUUUCUAAGCCUGCUAGUCUUGGAAAUUUAGUCUGUAUUUUUCAAUAAAUUUCAAUAAUUUAGUCGUCGUAUUGUUUGGAGUAUGAAGAAGUAAUAGUAUUUUAUGUGAUACGCGCAUUUCAUGUACAGUAGAUAUGAAUGAUUUAAUUAAUUUUAAGUAAAUUAAGAAUGGGGGUUUUCAAUUUGAACAGGGAGAUGUACAGCAUAAUAUUCUUAUUCAAGUUUAGAAUAAAGAUUUGUAAAAAUAUCAAAUUGUAUUCAAACAUUUGAAUUGAGUAUUAGUAGUGAUGAAAUUAAUUCUUCUUGAUCUUCAUUGAUUAAUUCAAUUAUCAAUUAAGGUAGCCGAUAGAGUAGGAAAAUUUCAUAGGUAGCUGUUUCGAAAUUUACAACUUGUGUAUUUGUAUACCGGUAGCCUAAUUGCAAUAUUUAUUGACCCCAGAAUAUGGAGAUAUAUUUGGCAGAUGGAUUGAACAAUGUUUUCUGAUUGAUGUAACUAUCUUUUUGUAUAUAACCUUCAAUGGCUAAUCUGUGCCAUGAAAAUACCUAGUAGACAUGAUCAGUUCAAUAUUCAAUAAUUAAAUUAUAGAAUUAGUAUUGUCAUUAAUGAAUUAUUUAAAGCAAUCCUCCGCAAUUAUUUUUUAAAAAAUUGAUGAGAAAAAAAUAAAAUAUAAUUUUGGGGCAAAAUUUGUAUUUGUUAUAGAAAUAAAAUAUAUUACUGAUCAUCAAAGAAAUUUUAGAAACUCAAUUUUAGAGAUGCUAUUUGAAUAAAUUAUCAAUUUCAUAGAUGAUAAUAGUAGAGGUGGGGAGUAGAAUAUUGUGAUAUAAAUUCUACAUUUCAGUGUAAAUAUCAAUAUAGACUACGAUUAUUCUUUAGAAUAUUGGAUUACUGUAAAUAUAUAUUUUUAGAAAAACAAUUUCUAUUGGUGAAAUUGCAAGGUAGAAUUGGUUCACUUUUCAAAGUAUUUUGUGAUACACAAAAAAUUGGAAAAUUGUCAAAUAUUGUAUCUAUUAAUAUAUUAGUAUCAUUUCUGUACCCCUCAUAUAUAUGUGUUAAUAAUAUUAUAUUGUUUUGAGUGCACUGUAUCAAGCACAGAAUUAAUCAAAAUAUAGAUUUCCAUUGUUAUUUAGUUGGCAAUAUUAUUGUGUUUGGUUUAUAGGUAGACGAUCUACUCUUAAGAAUAGCAAUGUUGACUUGAUGCAUUAUAUUAAAACAUUGUUUGAUUAGAUGAUUAGAUAGGCUACACUCAGAAUAAUCUUGAUGGAAUCGUUGAACAAACUAUUGACAGUAAUAUCAGAUAUGGAAUAUAUUUGUGAUUCGUUUUAACUAUAGUUGAGAUAUUCGUGAUUCUUGUACUUAUAGCCUACUUUUAUUUCUUCCGUUACUAAUUAGGUAUAGCAAUAAAUACUUUGAUUAUUUUUACUCAUAUGAAAACAUGGCUGUGUUUGUGAAGUGUCAUUAUUAUGUAAAUAUUUGUUUUAUUCCAAUAGUAUCAUUUAAACUCAUUUAUCAUACUUCCAACAAUUUUAAAAGCAAUGAGCGUUUAAUAAUGAAUUUCAGGGAAGUGGAACUCACGUAUGAUCUGACGAUAACAAAUUAUCAAAUUUGUGAUGAAAAUGUUCAAUUCUGAAAAUAUUAUGACAUAUAUUCAUUGAUAGUCAUCAAUUUUACAGUAAUGCAAUUCUUUUAAAUCAAAGAAUAAUUUCUCUAGAGAAAAGUCUGACUUUUGGAAUUAUCUAUUUCAUCUAUAUCCUCUUAUCAUAAAUUGAACAAAUUUCAUAAUAUCAAUGUAAUUGUGAACCUAUAAAUUCGAAUAAUAAAAUGUGUAAAUAUUCAGUGUCAACGUUUUCCUUGAAUUGCUAGUCUGAUCAAAAUGAUUCAGUUUAUCUUGAGUUUUUAUUAAAGAAAAUUGAUAAUUCAGUUUGAGACAUUGGAUCUCUUCUGCUGAGGUGCAAGAUUUCAAGAUUUACAAGUUUACGAUUUUUAAGAUGCAUCUGAUCAAUUUUGAACAAAUAGAUUACAGUUCAACUUCAUGUCAUGAGUAAACAUUCUAUUUUCAGAAUAAUUAAUCAUAUUGUUCUCAUGAAUGAGGUACUGUAUGAACAUAAUUGCUCUUCUAUAUUACCAGAUCAAAUUUAAUUUAAUUAUUGUCCAUUUAGUUUGUCAUUCUAAUGGAAGGAACAGUUUAAAUCGUAUUAAAAAAAUGAUAUGCAUGCAGGAUUGAUUCCUGACAGCGAAUAUUUGUUCUCUCUCAUGCUGUUGCGUGGAUUUGAGCAGUAUACUUGCGCAAAUCAAUGUGACUUUAUAAUAGUUACUGCAGAAUUAUAUUAGAAAAAAUACUUUACUAUAAAUUAAAUUGCUGAAUUCCAUAGAAAAAACUUCUGUUGUGUUUUUUGAAUUGUAUAGAGAUAAUAACUACUGCGUUGAUAAUUAGAAAUAAUGGUGCUCAACUUGUAUAGAAUGUUGUAUGAGUGUAUAUUUGUUAUGUUAGGCAAAAAUAUAAUAGAAAAAUAAAUAUUCAAUUUUCAAUUUA